AUGGAAGCACCCUCGCCAAUUUUAGAUUCUGAGUUGCUUAAGGCUGCUUACAAUGGAAACCUCAAACUCUUCAAGAGGUUGGCUUUGAAUAUUGCUAAAGGUGAAGGGAUUGGAGUAACAGAAGCGAUUGGGAAGGUUAAAGAUAAAGAUUCAGGGGGAUCUCUUCAUUUUGCUGCUGAAGGAGGAAAUUUUAGAAGUAGAAGAACACCCUUACAUCAUGCAUGUUUAGGAGGGCAUUUCAACACAGUUAGAUAUCUUCUUGAAAAGGGUGCCGACCCUGAUGCGCUAGAUGGUAUAAAUGGCACUCCUUUACAUUGUGCUGCAAAGUCAGGUGAUACAAAGAUAAUAACCGUGUUACUUUCAAAGGGUGUUCGCGUAGAUGUUGCAACUAGGUCUGGCGUUGCGUCUGGCACUGCCCUUUGGUAUGCCGCUUGUCAUGGUCAUCAAGAUGCUGUUAAAGUGUUGUUAGAUCACGGUGCAAAUGUAAGUUGA